AACGGGGCUCCAGCACUGCUUCUGGUAAAAAAAAACAGACGCUUGCCGCCUGGAGCCGGCGUGUCACGUGACUCACGUGCGCCAAUCGCCGCCGGUCUUUAGCUGCUUCAUACAAUCUGCCUCCAACCCCACAUUAUCUAUGAGACCCUCUCUCGUGCGCCUCGUGCGCCAGCGUAGACCUGAAAGAAAGACCGAGCCCCUUCUUCCCCCCCUUGCUCUAUACCGGUCCAUUCUCCGGGCCCACAUCCACAAGCUUCCUGCAGAGCUCAGGUACUUGGGAGAUGAGUAUGUGAAGGCCGAGUUUAAGGCACACAAAAGCACGGACAACCCGCUUUAUAUAGUCGGGUUUUUGACGCAAUGGCAGGACUACCUCCGCAGCCUUGACGGCGGCAGCUGGGCCGAGGGGAAACUCACGCUGCAGCAGUUGGAAAACAUGUCCCCGGAGCAAGUCGGCCAGCUUUACGAACUCAUGCAAGAAACGCAGCGGCUUGGGAGCGAGCAGUAGCAAGAUCCGCCUAUUUAUAUACCACUAGAAUACAUGAGAUAAUAUGCCAUCACAAUUCAUAGGCCGAUCCAGAGUGACUAUCCCGAACGGCCCCAUGCAAGACGCUUCAGACAGAACGAGGCACGGGUCGAUUAUUUUUCGCAGGAUACCCCAGCUAGCGAGAGUGGCGCACCUCUGUUGUGCAUUUGCAUGAUUCUGUAUGAUUCUGUGUGAUUCUGUAUGAUCUUGUAUGGUAUUGUGUGAUAUCGUAUGAUCUGAACUUGUAUGAUGUUGGUAUGAUUGGCUUUGCAUGAUGUUUGUAUGAUUUUGUAUGAUUUUGUAUGAUAUUUCAUCAUGUUUAUAUCGCGCUUAUAUAUUGUGUACUUGGA